UCCAAUGGCUUGUGCCAUCUUGUGCCACCUUCAACGACCUUCGCCUGGAAGGAAAACUCUGCGAUGCCAUCAUCAGUGUGGAUGGCACUGAAUUCAAGGCUCACAAGAACAUCCUCUGCAGCUGCAGCCACUAUUUCAGGGCUUUGUUUACCAGCGGCUGGAACAACGCAGAGAAGAGAGUCUAUAAAAUCCCCGGCACGUCACCUGAAAUGAUGAAGCUCAUUAUCGAGUAUGCCUACACCAGGACAGUACCCAUCACAGCUGACAAUGUUGAAGCUUUGCUAAUAGCAGCAGACCAGUUCAAUGUCAUGGGCAUCGUCCGGCUGUGCUGUGAGUUCUUAAAAUCCCAGCUGUGCUCAGAAAACUGCAUCGGCAUCCACAGACUCACAGAUCAUUACUACUGCCCCGACCUGCGGGAAGCAGCCUGGACGUUCAUCCUCCAUCACUUCGAGGAGAUGACCACGGUGUCCACAGAGUUCCUCCACCUCUCUGUCAACGAGCUGAAGAACAUCAUUGAGAAAGACGAGCUCAAUGUGAAAGAAGAAGCUGCCGUCUUCGAGGCUCUUGUGAAAUGGAUUGCUCACGACCCGCAGAACAGGAGGCAGCACAUCACGGUCUUGCUGAGCAAGGCCGCCAGCCCCACCACGCUGCUCACGAAGACGUGA